AUGCAGGAAAGAGAAAAGGAUGACUUCCUCCUCGAAGUUCGGAAAAUUGUCAGGCGGGAACUGGUGAAGACCUCGGGAUCAAAUGCUGAGGAUGAUUCAUACUCUGAUUCAAGCUCUGAUUCAAGCUCUGAUUCAUCUUCUGGCUGGAAUCCUGGUCCAAGCUCUGGUCCAAACCCUGGUCCAGGCCACUCUCCAACUUAUGCUCCUGGUCUUGUUCGCGUCCUGCUACGAGUACUAUUCCAGGAUCUAGUUCAAACACUGAUCCAAGCUCUGGAUCAUCUCCGCCCCCGCCUCCUCGGUCGAUUUUCCCGUCCACCCAGUCACGACAUCCCAGAAGGCGUAACACCGGCCAAGGCAGUCUUCAAGUCCCUAUAG